AUGGCUCGUCUCAGCGUCGAACACUACAAGAGCAACCCCAACACACCGCGACCCGAGCGCAAGACGAACCGCCUCCGCAACCUCCUCAAACACCGUCCAAGCUCCAGUACGUCGUCCAGCCCCGCCCUCUUAACCAAAACACAGUCUCCAUCCAGUCCCGUCAUGCCGCCUACUGUCCAGCCUGGUUUCGAGCUCAUCGGUGUCCUGCCAAGUGAAAGGUCAUCGACAGAGACUGAACAUCGCAAGCUGGACCGAAUGGGACCCACGCUCAGUGAGAUGCUCAGGGAAGAUCUCAAGGACUGUGGUUCCAAGGAUACUGCUACGCCGAUCACGGUCCCAGCGGGACACGAGACUCCAGCAAAGUUUCAUACCGACUGUCCAGGACUGAAGCAAAUCGAGACUGGAGCUCUGGGCUCACCUUCCCUCGGUACAGCGUUCCACAACGCUAUGGAGAUUGGAUCGUCACCCCCGGCGCCCCUCAGUCGCAGUUCCGCAAAGAACGGCAGCGAGGCAGGAGUCACGCCCUUCAAGCGCUUCAGUCAGGCAGCUGGGCUUCUCCGUGACAUCUCCGUACCCACGCUCGGUCAGUUGAAAAACGUCGCGUUCCAUCUCGUCCUCGCUGACUUAUCCACCCUAGACACAAACGACUCAUUCAUGACAUGUGACGACCACGACAGCCAUCUCAAGUCCUCCGCAAGCAACAUCUUCGACGACAACGACUCCCUCAGCCAGGGAAUUCGUGAAUACGUCGCCAGCAAGAUCGCCGAAGCCAUCAAGGACCACGACGUCAAGCUCUCAAACGCACAGCAAGACAUUGUCGCCAUGCAGAUGCAGCUCAACGUCAAAAUCAACUAUUCCACCCUCGCCCUCAACACCCUCAUCCAGUUACUCAACCGCGACAGCCCCCCCAUCGACCUCUGGACAUCCCCCAAGAGCAUCGGCCCUUUUUCCAUCAACCAUGCACGUACAGCAACGCUCUUGCAAUCCGCAACCCUUGCAUUUCUCGCCCUUGCAAUGCUUCUCGCCGUCCUAUCCGGCCCCAAAGAACUCUCCCUCGUCCUCUGGCAGUCCGCAGUUAUCCUAGGAAGCUACGCUGCCGCACUGAAGUAUUUCGGGUGUGCUGGACAUGUCGAGCGCGAUCUGCUUCUUGCACCGGUCCUUUAUUGUGCUGAGGAAUUUCGGGCUUGGGGCAGGAUGGUGCUGGCGGAGAUGGUGGUGGAGGGAGGGGAAAUGAAUGAUGGUGUUGCGAUGGCUAGUAUGGCAUCGGCAGCAGGCCAUUCAGAGUAA